AGGAGGAGGCUCGGCGGCGGCAGCAGCAGGUUGUGGCUGGGAGGCUGGGCUCGGAACUGCCCGGGUUCUCCCCCUCCCCCCACAGCGCGCCCGGGGACACAGACCGUCUGGCGGCAUGAACCGGACCCACCGCAGCGCUGGGGGCAGCCGGGGCCUCGGCACCAUGGAAGUGAAGAGCAAGUUUGGAGCUGAAUUUCGACGGUUUUCUCUGGAAAGAACCAAACCUGGAAAGUUUGAGGAGUUUUAUGGAUUAUUGCAGCAUGUGCACAAGAUCCCCAAUGUUGAAGUUUUAGUUGGGUAUAUAGACAUUCAUGGAGAUCUGCUGCCUAUCAACAACGAUGACAAUUAUCAUAAAGCAGUUUCCACAGCCAAUCCUCUGCUCAGGAUUUUCAUUCAAAGAAAAGAAGAUGCGGAUUACAGUGCCUUUGGUACGGAUACUAUGACAAGGAAGAAAAAUGUCUUAUCAAAUGUGUUGCGUCCGGAUAACCACAAAAAGAAACCACACAUUGUCAUUAGCAUGCCGCGAGACUUCAGACCGGUGUCGUCUAUUAUUGAUGUGGACAUUCUCCCAGAAACCCAUCGCAGGGUGCGACUUUACAAAUAUGGAACUGACAAACCACUUGGAUUCUAUAUACGGGAUGGCUCUAGUGUCAGAGUAACACCACAUGGAUUGGAGAAAGUACCAGGGAUUUUCAUAUCCAGACUUGUUCCUGGAGGCCUGGCUCAAAGCACAGGCUUACUGGCUGUUAAUGAUGAAGUACUGGAGGUAAAUGGAAUAGAAGUCUCAGGGAAGAGUCUUGAUCAAGUUACAGACAUGAUGAUUGCAAAUAGCCGUAACCUGAUCAUUACAGUGAGACCAGCAAAUCAAAGAAAUAAUGUUGUUAGGAACAGUAGGACUUCUGGGAGCUCAGGUCAGUCUACUGAUACUAGUCUUCCAGGUUACACACCACACACUGUGCAGAACUUCCAUCCAGAAGAAGACGACAGUGAUGAAGAUGACAUCAUUAUUGAAGAUAAUGAUGAGCCACGGCAGAUUCCAAAAGCUGUCCCUACCAGUGAGAGUCUGGAAUCAUUAACGCAAAUUGAACUCCUUCAUGAGUCAACACAAAAUGGUUUCAUUCCAUUUAGUGAAGUAAACUUAUGUCAUUCAGCAGGCAAUGUUAACAUGGAGUAUGAAAUACAUGAUCCAGACAAAAAGUCCUUAGAAGAUGGGACAAUUAUAACAUUAUGAAACUGCCUCAAUGGUGUAUUUUACAUUAACUGAAGAUGCCAUACAACUUUUAAUUUUGCUUGAUAUAUAAUGCAAUUUAUACCUCUCAACCUACCAGUCCUUAAGACCUGCAAACAAAUGUAAGGAAAACCGUAAAUGCAGGAAGCUUAAAAUUAUGUGGGCUGAUUAAUGUCAGUUUUAUAAUUAUGUAAUUCCAUGUAAAUAUUUUGUAAGGAUACAAGGUAGAUGACCCUGGCUGUGAUGGGACAGCGGUAAAAUGAAGGAUGGUUGAGAGGUAUUGACUGCAUGUUUACUUCCAGAGGUACUUAUACUACUGGUUUUAAAGAGUAAAUUUCCAUUACCAUGUGAGGUGGAUAGUGAAGCUGCAUGUCUAAUCCGAAUUUAUGGUCAUGUGCGUUUACCCCUUAAUGACACAAUUAACAAUGAUAUUAAAAUUCUAAUGUGAAAGUCUUACUACUACUCCUCUUGUACCUUGAGGACCAAUUCUCUUCUCUAAGGCCUUGACUACACUGGCGCUGUACAGCGCUGCAACUUGCUGCGCUCAG